AAGAUUUCACGCUAUUCAAUGAAACUUUUUGCUUUUCUUGUGUCCCGAAUAAUGGUGCGUGCAGGGCUUUGGGGAGCGGGGGAGGUUUAUGUUGCAUUAGGCGAGGUGGAUUUGGAGUAAUUUCAGAGAGAAACCUUUGAGGAUGGGGGAAGGGGGUGCGAGGAUUUUCAGCCGAGAAGAGUAGUGAUGUACAAAGUACGGUCUGGAGCAGUGUAGUUUUUUAAGGUUUUUCAUACUUUUGAUACUAAGUCGUUGUUAGAGGGAAGGAAAAAGAGGGAGGAAAAAAAAAAAAUCCAAGAGCAGAUGAAAACCAAAGCAGCCCCCCAACGCCACCGACAGCCCAGAGCAAUUCCGGAUGGCUCUCGGUGUGGGAAGCCCAGCCUUCGGUCGCGCCGUGCCCGGCGCUGUCCGGGGCCGCGGUCGGACAAGUGCAGACUUUGUGCCGGGCUUCGGAGGGUCGGCGCGGCCCCGGCACCGAAGCCGUCCCGCUGCCGGCGGGGACCUCGGGCUCGCUCUCGCCGGGCUCGUCAGGAAGAUGGAAGCGUGUGGUUUUGAUUUACUCGGAGCCGCUUGGGAUUCGCCAGACUGUUAACCCGGCGGAGCCUUGUGGAUCGGUGUGUGCCCGUCCCCGCAGCGGCCCGGGGUUCAAAGGGACUUUGUUUGGUGGGAGGAGGAGGAGGAAAAGAAAUGGAGCAAGUUCAGUAACUAUCCAGUCUAACGUCUUACUGAUAUCCUAAGGAGUCUUACAAAUACUUAUUUUGAAUUGAGAAAAUGACUGCAGAUCUAGAAGAAAGUACAGGUUGUUGGAAAAGAAUACCUGUCAAAAAGUGGAACAUCCAAUAGUUAAUUUGGAAGUAGCAUAAAAGAAAUAUACCUGUUAUGGUGCGAUUCUGGAGUGGAGUUAACUCCGUAGCACACAGGUAGCUCUCCAAGGAGGAAAAAAAAAUAAAGAGCUUUCUGUUUUUCUAAAUUAUGGAAAUUUUUUGGAAGACGUGGACAUGGAUUUUGAGCCUAGUCUUGGUUUCAUCGGAAUUUCACAGUGACGACAGGCUUUCGUAUAGUUCUCAAGAGGAAUUCCUGUCUUACCUUGAACACUACCAACUAACAAUCCCAAUAAGGGUUGAUCAAAAUGGAGCCUUCCUCAGCUUUACUGUGAAAAAUGCUAAACCCUCAAGAAGGAGGAGGAGUACAGACCCUUAUGACCAAGAACUGCCAGCAUCUAAAUUAUUUUUUAAACUUUCUGCCUAUGGCAAGCACUUUCAUUUAAACCUGACUCUCAACACAGAUUUGGUGUCCAGACAUUUUACAGUAGAAUACUGGGGGAAAGAUGGACCGCAAUGGAAGCACGAUUUUUUAGACCACUGUCAUUACACAGGAUAUUUGCAAGACCAACACAGGACAACUAAAGUGGCCUUAAGCAACUGCAAUGGUCUGCAUGGAGUCAUUGCUACAGAAGAUGAAGAGUAUUUUAUUGAACCUUUAAGGAAUAUAACAGAAGAUUCUAGUAACUUUAAUUAUGGAAACGGACAUCCUCAUGUUAUAUACAAAAAAUCUACCAUGCACCAGCAACAUCUCUAUGAUCACAGUCACUGUGGAGUCUCAGACCUCCCAAGAAGUGGUAAGCCUUGGUGGAUGAGUGAUGCAUCUGCUUUUCCAACUUUGCUUCCAGUUAAUGACACUUUAAGUAGUCAUAGUCGACAGAAGAGAUCAGUAAGCCUUGAACGGUUUGUGGAAACGCUGGUAGUAGCAGACAAAAUGAUGGUGGGAUACCAUGGUCGCAAAGACAUUGAACACUACAUUUUGAGUGUAAUGAAUAUUGUUGCCAAACUUUAUCGUGAUUCCAGUCUAGGAAACGUUGUGAAUAUUAUAGUGACACGUUUAAUUGUCCUCACUGAAGAUCAGCCAAACUUGGAGAUAAACCACCAUGCAGACAAGUCCCUCGAUAGCUUCUGUAAGUGGCAGAAAUCCAUUCUCUCCCACCAAAGUGAUGGAAACACCAUUCCAGAAAAUGGGAUUGCCCACCAUGAUAAUGCGGUUCUUAUUACUAGAUAUGAUAUCUGCACUUAUAAAAACAAGCCUUGUGGAACACUGGGCUUGGCCUCUGUGGCUGGAAUGUGUGAGCCUGAAAGGAGCUGCAGCAUUAAUGAAGACAUUGGCCUAGGUUCAGCUUUUACCAUUGCACAUGAGAUUGGUCACAAUUUUGGUAUGAAUCAUGAUGGAAUUGGAAAUUCCUGUGGGACCAAAGGUCAUGAAGCAGCAAAGCUAAUGGCAGCUCAUAUUACAGCAAACACCAACCCUUUCUCUUGGUCAGCCUGCAGUCGGGAUUACAUCACCAGUUUUUUAGAUUCGGGCCGUGGUACUUGCCUUGAUAAUGAGCCUCCCAAGCGUGACUUUCUUUAUCCAGCUGUGGCCCCAGGUCAGGUGUAUGAUGCUGAUGAACAGUGUCGCUUCCAGUAUGGAGCAACAUCCCGCCAAUGUAAAUAUGGGGAAGUGUGUAGAGAGCUCUGGUGCCUCAGCAAAAGUAACCGCUGUGUUACCAACAGCAUUCCAGCAGCAGAAGGUACUCUUUGCCAAACAGGGAGCAUUGAAAAAGGGUGGUGUUAUCAGGGAGAGUGCGUACCCUUUGGCACUUGGCCCCAGAGCAUAGAUGGGGGUUGGGGUCCAUGGUCAAUAUGGGGAGAGUGCAGCAGGACCUGCGGGGGAGGAGUCUCCUCAUCUAUAAGACACUGUGACAGUCCAGCGCCUUCAGGUGGAGGCAAGUACUGUCUUGGAGAAAGAAAGCGGUAUCGCUCCUGUAAUACUGAUCCAUGUCCUUCAGGGGCCCGUGAUUUUCGAGAAAAGCAAUGUGCAGAUUUUGACAAUAUGCCUUUCCGGGGAAAGUAUUAUAACUGGAAACCCUACACUGGAGGUGGGGUUAAACCAUGUGCAUUAAACUGCUUGGCUGAAGGUUAUAAUUUUUACACUGAACGUGCUCCUGCAGUAAUAGAUGGGACUCAGUGCAAUGCUGAUUCACUGGAUAUCUGUAUCAAUGGAGAAUGCAAGCAUGUAGGUUGUGAUAAUAUUUUGGGGUCUGAUGCUAAGGAAGAUAGAUGCCGUGUUUGUGGAGGAGAUGGCAGUACAUGUGAAGCCAUUGAAGGUUUCUUCAAUGAUUCAUUGCCCAGAGGAGGCUAUAUGGAAGUGAUUCAAAUUCCAAGAGGUUCUGUGCACAUUGAAGUCAGAGAAGUGGCAAUGUCAAAGAACUAUAUUGCUCUAAAAUCUGAAGAGGAUGACUACUAUAUUAAUGGUGCCUGGACUAUUGACUGGCCAAGAAAGUUUGAUGUUGCUGGAACAGCUUUCCAUUACAAGAGGCCAACAGAUGAACCAGAGUCUUUGGAAGCACUAGGCCCAACUUCAGAAAAUCUCAUAGUCAUGAUUCUGCUACAGGAACAAAAUUUGGGUAUAAGAUAUAAAUUCAAUGUUCCCAUCUCUCGCUCUGGCAGUGGAGACAAUGAAGUCGGCUUUGCAUGGAAUCAUCUGCCUUGGUCAGAAUGUUCUGCCACUUGUGCUGGAGGUGUGCAGAAACAAGAGGUGGUGUGUAAAAGGUUGGACGACAACUCCAUUGUACAAAACAGUUACUGUGACCCUGACAGUAAGCCUCCAGAAAACCAAAGAGCCUGCAACACUGAGCCUUGCCCACCUGAGUGGUUUAUAGGGGAUUGGUCAGAAUGCAGUAAGACCUGUGAUGGAGGAGUGCGUUCACGAACGGUUCUGUGUAUCAGAAAGAUUGGACCUUCUGAGGAGGAGACACUGGACAAUACCAACUGUUUAACACACCGGCCUAUUGAAAAAGAGCCCUGUAACAAUCAGUCCUGUCCGCCACAGUGGGUCGCUUUGGACUGGUCAGAAUGCACACCAAAGUGUGGCCCAGGAUUCAAACACCGAAUUGUUCUGUGCAAAAGCAGCGAUCUUCUAAAAACUUUUCCAGCCACGCAAUGCCAAGAGGAAAGCAAGCCGCCAGUCCGCAUCCGCUGUAGUUUAGGCCGAUGUCCUCCUCCUCGCUGGGUUACUGGAGACUGGGGACAGUGUUCUGCACAGUGUGGUCUUGGGCAACAGAUGAGAACAGUACAGUGCCUCUCAUACACUGGACAAGCAUCCAGUGAGUGUCCAGAAACUCUUAGACCUCCAUCAAUGCAGCAGUGUGAAAGUAAAUGUGACAGUACUCCCAUUUCAAACACAGAAGAGUGCAAAGAUGUGAACAAAGUGGCAUAUUGCCCACUGGUGCUGAAGUUCAAGUUCUGCAGUCGAGCAUACUUCAGACAGAUGUGCUGCAAGACCUGCCAAGGACAUUGACCCACAGAAAGCACAAGAAUGUGCCUUGUUAUUAUCAUUGUGGAAGAGUGUCCCAUCAAAGAGAGCCACACAGCGGAAUGAGAUUGACGUCCUUGCAAAUGCAUUACCCUGUGGAAAACGUAACCACUGGUCAGCCCCAGCUGACAGGAUUUCAAUAUUAUUUUAACUUCUGUGAAGUGGGAUUUAUUAAUCCAAAGUGCUGGACACAGUAUAAGGAGGGCAUGCGAAAUUGGAAAGAUCCACACAACACAUAUAGAAUAGAUUACUGUGGAACAUUUGUGUUCUUUUGACUAAAUCCAAUAGUCUGUUUACCUCCUUGGACCAUUAAAAUAAUUUUUAUUAUGGACUUAGCAAUGACACUGAAUCCAUUUGUAUUUAAAACUGUUUAAAAUGUAGCUGUUAUGACUUGGUCUACUAUGGAAGUAAAGAAGAAUCAAAAAAAACGUUAAGUCAUAGCUUAAAAAUGUUAACUAUUUUAUCUCACAACACAGCACCACAAUUUAAAUUAUAAAAUGAGCUUGGAAAUGUUAUUUAAGGAGCAGAAAUUUUUUUUAAAAGUAUUUUUCCUUCAUUCCACCUAAUUCCCUUUGGAGCAAUCCAUAUUUCCUGAACACUGCUGUGAGCGAUAUAUAAAGCUAUACUAAACAGAAGAACCAUGAGGGACUUAGUUUUAAGAGGUGCAACAGUUAUUGCAGUGGUGCAUGAAAUACAAGUGUACUAUGAAACGAAAUGAAAUCCGUGUUGCAGGUUUAUAGCCAUCUUAACAUUGUACAAGUAAAGCUGAGAUUUCCACUGAAGGGAACUUAUUCCAAUAUCAUGGAGGAGGCAGACUCCCAACAGUGGUGAAGACCGUAUUGCCAGCUCCUUCACUACUACUGUACAGGUUGCUUAGACCUUACACUUUGACUCCAGCUCACUUUUGUUUACAACACCAGCCACAAAGAAGAAACAACUUUGUGGGCAUCUAGAUCUGGUUUACAUGUUACUUUUGUUUCUCCAGAACUACAGAGUUCCAGUGCAAAAGAUAAGCCUACGUGUAAAAGCAACAAUCCUUUGCAAAGCUGAAAGUUAAAAUACAUUCCAGAUGUUCCCUUCUUUGAUGCCAUAGCAGAAGGGCAUUUGUUUAUGUGAAAAAAUAUGUCCAGGACACCACAUCUGAGUGGGCAAGGAUCACAACCAAGGGAUGAACCACUCAUGGAGGUAUCUAGGCUCUGUUCAAAUGAGAAGUCAAAAGUGCUUGAGCCGAGAGGCCUGUUGGGACUAUCACGUGUAAGGCAUGCUGGAAAAGGAGUGGCUAGAAUGAAGUCUGGUCACCAUCACCUAAAUGGCCAGGUACAUAUUUAAAGCUGGACCAUAUUAAAAGCUGGGAGUAGCUUUCAGCACGAGACUGGAACAAACUAAUGCCUCUGGAUUAGUAGCUAGAUGCCUUAACUAUUCUGUUGCCAUACUCCACUCAUUUCAUAUUGCCACAUUUUUAAUAUUAACUGAAUACUUUGGAUUUUUAAAUGUGAAACCAAACUACUUAGGCAAGUCACGUUCAAGAAUCUACCAUAAAAAAGUUAAUUGUUGUGCUCCUUUUCCCUUUCACUUUUCAGUAACAGACUCAACAAGGAGAUAAGGAAAGUAGGUACUUGUUUAUAUUAAUAUAUUGUACUUGAACACUUGCAUUUUGCAGCAGGUACUUGACGAAUGUGCUUUUGUGUCCAACUAUGCCUCCUUUGUUGUAGUGCAAUUAAAAUUACGUGAACAGUAAUGUGUUACAAAUUCUAACUCAAAUAGCACUUUUAAAAAAAGUACUCUUUUCAGUGAAAAAUAAUUUCAAAAUAUCAUGAGAUUGAAGCAUAUCAGUGUAUUUUACCAAUAACAUGCCAAAUAUGUUGCACACUAUUUACUAAUGUGAAUUAACAUGGAACAAUAGAUAUUGCUACCAGUACUCAUACUAUGAAAUCCCCCCAACAUAUUGACAAUCUACCCACGUGGUUUUGUGUAGACCACAUAUUCAUGACCAUCAAAUUCCUGUCAUCUGCUACCUCUUGCCAGUAUUUCCAAUUCCGUACACCUGUGACCAGUGGAAUUCAUUUUCAGUUGGCUUGCGUGUAUUCACAUAUGCUUAUCUGCUGCUCUCAUCACAAGCUAAACUAUUCCUGAUAAAACUCUCACGAGUAGAUUAAAAAAACUCCCAAUCUUUAGGAGCUGAACAUGGGGAUCAAGGGCAGUAUAUAGUCCUUCUUUGUUAAGUGAAUCGACUUUCUAUAUCCUAUUGACAAAACACCUUGGUGCUAGCAUGCCCUGGCUAGGUCAUAAAUAUGAUGAAAGGGAAAGGGGUUGCUAUGGCAUUCCCUAAGUAAGAGGCCUCUUUGUAUCAGGGUGCCGUUUUCUCCAGGGCAUGAUUUUGUUUAUCAGCUAAUGUGUCUUUUCAGCUGACAAGAAAAGGGUUUUCUGUGUAUUCAAAAGAAACCUUUUUUUUUUUUUACCUCACUUAGGACAUUAAAUUGUAAGGAGUGAUUCCAAAGACACAUUUUGCUCUCUUACUGGUGCUAGAACACUAGGGAGUCUGAUGUUUACUCUGCAAUAUAACAGCACUGAGGUUGGAAUUUAAAGAACUCCCUGGAGCAAUGUUGAAUUGUAUUGUUAAAGGGAAAAAAAACAGAAUGUAUGUGGAUUUACAAACUAAGCAAUGCUUCAGAUUAAGACCGAAAAAUGAAACCUAAAUAAAAUAAAAAUAAUUGGUUUCAACAGCACAGUUCAUUGCUGCUGCUACACUGUAGCCAUCUAUAUAAUCUAAGCUAAAUAGUGUUACAUUCCUAAAUAGUGACAAAAGGACUAUUUGUAUAGGCUAUAAAUAUGACAGCCUAGAAUCAAAUAGCAGAAUAUGAAAUGCAGAGAUCAGUCUGGUGCCAGUACUUCCACUGAGCAAUACUAUUAGCUGAAGAAGAUCAAACAGAAAGAAAAAUCUAGAGAUCAACCCCUCAAGGUGUAUACACCCAAAAAUAGUCCAUUUUGUUAGGAACUUUGUAAUGGAGUGAAUGUCACAUAGAUAUCCUUAAUAAAGACUGAAAUUACCUUUGUAUUAUUGUGAUUAGUUGCUUAUUAUUUUAUACUCAGUAUUAAUGUGGUACACUGUUACUUUAUUAUUAUUAUUUUUGCUUUUGUAAAUUAUAUUCUAAUUUAUUGUCAUGUUUCUUAACACUUGUUCUACAUGCAUUCUCCUGCUUGUAAUGAAAAUAAAAAUAUUGUAACACUUGAUGCAGUGAAAUUCCACACCAGGCACAGAUUUGUUUUUAACAUAGAUAAUUUAGUAAAAUAAAAUUGCAGCUUUUAAGAAUGAUACUCAUGGUACAGUUGUCUAUUCCCUGACUUACACUCACUAGAAUUCUGUAUGCUUAACAUUUGCUUCGUCAGAUGCAUCAAAAUAUGUAUAAGAUGUUUUCUUUCAAGUAACAUCUAUAUGUUAUACUAGAAUCCUGUCCUUGGCAGCAGUGACAUUUGUCAUAUAUAAGCAAAAAAAAAAAAAAAAAGAAAAAGGAAAAAUUCAAGAACAUGCUCAUGUACAUUAUUAGAUAAUAUUUAGCCUGAGCAAUAAUGUAGAUCAAGAAUGAAAUUAAUGAUAGCAAAAAUGUCCUGUACUUCUUGGAAUGAUUUCAUUAACAGCCAGUCAAUAAUAACAAU